AAUAAAUAAAUAAAUAAAUAAAUAAAGUCAGCCAUUCCGUGUCCUGCACUCUGAAAUGGACAAGAAGAGAUCUUGCCCAUCCUCUUUGUGACAGCAUUUCAGGCACUUUUAGAGGGGUGCCUAUCCUAUCACCCCUCGGACUUCUCUUCUUGAGAUUGAACAUGCCCAGUUCUCUCAAUCUUUCCUCACAGGGCUUUGCUUCCAGUCUCAGAAUCAUCAUUGUUGCCCUCCUUGGUGCCCUUUCUAGCUUUUCUGCAUCUUUAUAAACUUUAUAAACACUUCACAAAGGCAAUAUAAAUUUUUGAAAUAACAUUUGAAGAUGAAUGCCAGGGCAUAUUAUUCAAGUAAAGCAUUGGGAGAACCUUCAGCUAAGUACAUAAAUGCUUUUAUAAAUAAAUACAUACAUAGCUAAAUAAAUAAAUAGAUGCUGUGCCCAGCACAUGCAAAUGAAAUUAUUGCCCAGGGAACAACCUCUGACAUUAUGUGCCUCUAUAAUCCCCUGGAGAAAUUGUCUCCUUCAGUCAAGGCUACCCCAUAGCAGGGGGGCAGAUAUAUAACACAGGCCCUUGGUCUACAGAUCUACUCUGGCUUCAAAACUGUAUCAAUGGUAAAGGCACGCCCUGCUUAGGAAAGUCUGUCCUUGGUGGCUGAAGCUGUCGCCACAGGUUUCAACCACCUGGGCACAUCUAAAGUGAUCAAAAUCCAUGAAUUCAAAAACGAAACAACCCUGAUGUGGCUGGGAAGUGUUAGGGGUGGUGCUGGGAGAGGCCCACCAGGGCUGGAGCACCACACCCCUGAGCAGGAGCUACUCGCCACCUCCCUGCUAACCAGGGGACUUGCUGAAAUAAAGGCACAGGGGACCUGGGUUUUUGCCACAUGGGCUUCAUCUCCUGCUGCUCCCCACCUUGAAUCUUCCUGCUGGAGGGCUGUUCCCUGAAAUCAAAUGCCCACUUCUGUUCUGUCCAUACAUCUCUUUUCACAAAUAAGCAUGUCCUUAGGGAACAUGAUACCUUGCAGAUUUUAGCACAUAUGUAAAUUAGAAUGUGCAAAUUUGUAUAUUUUAUUAUUAAUCCUGUAGGCCUGAGCCUCAGAUCUUUUCAGUGUCUAUUUUCACCCUUAGUUUGCAUACCAAGUUUCAGGGGUAUGAGCGUUAUGGUCUUGGGGCUACGAACUGAUGUACAAACUAACAGAUGUACAAACAAACAAACAUGCCUUUAAUGACAGAUUGACUGGCUAAUUAAUUAAAACAUUUUUAUCCUAUUCAGCAUCAUGGGAUCUCCUUUGUGUUUUGCUGCUGGCUGACCUUUCCUUCUUCUGACAUGCUAUGUAUGGUUUCUGCUUCUUUAAUCAAGCCCGACCUCAGAGUUUGAUAACAAGCAGGUUUAAUUAGGGGUGGAGUGGAUGACUUACAUUCAUUGAAAGUCAGAUAAAUCCCUUAGAAAUGGUUGUCAAAUGCUCAUAUUUGAAAUCAAUUGGUGUUCUGAAGGGAAUGGGGAAACACUGGAUUUCAAGUCCCUAAUACAUUUCAAUCCAUUUUUAAAUUCUUUUUAAAUGCCUAAAAGAGCUUGUCAGAUCAAUGAAAUAGAUCAGCAUUAUUUGUGAACUCUUUCUCUGAAUCAGGAGCAGAAAGGGGUGGCAGGGGAGGAUUUGCACAGCAGAACAACUGGAAGUGAAAGGAUGGAAAUGAACGGCACAUGCUCAGCCUGAAGAUGCAGAAGGAGAAUUCCUAGUCUCCUUUUCCAAACAUCCCAAAGCUUUGUGCAUAAAGGUAGGCAAAACGGGUUGUUUACUACUGACCUCUCCUGGAUAAAACAAGAACCACUUCUGUUUAAGCCACCAGUUUAUUGCAAAGAGCAAUUUGUCAAGGCAGUGCUGCAGCCGUCAUGUCAGUCAGCGUCCAUGAGAAUCGCAAAUCCCGGACUAGCACUGGUUCCAUGAACAUCUUGCUGUUCCACAAAGCCUCCCACCCAGACUGCGUCCUGUCUCACCUCAACACCAUGAGGAAGCACUGCAUGUUCACUGACGUCACCCUUUUGGCUGGGAAUAAGUCCUUUCCAUGCCACCGGGCUGUGCUUGCGGCCUCAAGCAGGUAUUUUGAAGCAAUGUUCAGCAACGGCCUGCGUGAGAGUUUGGGUGAUGAGGUGAAUUUCCAUGAUAGCCUCCACCCAGAAGUGCUGGAGUUGCUGCUGGACUAUGCUUACUCAUCCAAGGUCAUCAUUAAUGAGGAGAAUGCAGAAUCCCUCCUGGAAGCUGGUGACAUGUUGCAGUUCCAUGACAUCCGAGAUGCUGCUUCAGAGUUCCUGGAGAAGAACCUGUACCCUUCCAACUGCUUAGGAAUGAUGGUCCUUUCGGAUGCUCACCAGUGUAAAAGACUGUACGAGCUAUCUUGGAGGAUGUGCCUGGUCAACUUUGAGACAGUCCACAGGAGCGAGGAAUUCAACAGCCUCUCCAAGGACACGUUGCUGGAUUUGAUUUCCAGCGAUGAGCUGGAAAUUGAAGAUGAAGAGAAGGUCUUCAAGGCAGUCAUGCAGUGGGUGAAAUAUGACUUGGAGAAGCGGAAGCCUUUCCUCCCGGAGCUGUUGAAGAGUGUACGCCUUGCCUUGCUGCCUUCUGAAUGCUUCAAGGAAGCCAUGACCUAUGAGGCUCUGAUCACAGAGGAGGAGCAGAACAAGCAAAUCAUGGACGAGGCCCUUCAGUGCAAGCGGAAAAUCCUGCAGAACGACGGGGUGGUCACCAGCCCCUGCGCGAGGCCCCGCAAAGCUGGGCACACUCUGCUCAUCUUGGGUGGGCAGACGUUCAUGUGCGACAAGGUGUACCAGGUGGACCACAAGGCAAAGGAGAUCAUUCCCAAAGCAGACCUGCCCAGCCCCAGGAAGGAGUUCAGUGCCUGCGCCAUCGGCUGCAAGGUCUACAUCACUGGCGGGAGAGGCUCGGAAAAUGGGGUCUCUAAGGAUGUGUGGGUCUACGACACAGUUAAUGAGGAGUGGUGCAAGGCUGCCCCGAUGCUUAUCGCCCGGUUUGGGCACGGCUCUGCUGAACUAGAGCAUUGCCUCUAUGUUGUUGGUGGUCACACUGCGGUGGCUGGUGUCUUUCCUGCCUCUCCGUCUGUCUCACUAAAACAAGUGGAGAAGUAUGAUCCAGUUGCCAACAAGUGGACCAUGGUAGCCCCCCUGAGGGAUGGCGUCAGCAAUGCGGCAGUCGUCAGUGCCCGGCUGAAGCUCUACGUCUUCGGUGGAACCAGCAUUCACCGGGAUAUGGUGUCCAAGGUGCAGUGCUACGAUCCAGUGGAGAACCGGUGGACCAUCAAAGCCCAGUGUCCCCAGCCCUGGCGCUACACUGCAGCCGCUGUCCUCGGCAGCCAGAUUUUCAUCAUGGGCGGAGACACCGAGUACACGGCGGCCUCUGCCUACCGCUUUGAUUGUGAAACAGACCAGUGGACGCGGGUCGGGGACAUGACGGCCAAGCGGAUGUCAUGCCAUGCGCUGGCUUCGGGGAACAAGCUUUAUGUGGUGGGUGGCUACUUUGGGACACAGCGAUGUAAAACACUGGAUUGUUACGACCCUACAUCAGACACCUGGAACUGUAUCACCACGGUGCCCUACUCCCUAAUCCCCACUGCAUUCGUUAGUACGUGGAAACACUUACCGGCCUGACGGUUGUAUGCGGAGAAUGGAAGAACCUAAGGGAGAUGCUGCUGCUACUUUCCUGUGCCAAGAUGGGUAGAGGGGCCUGCACAAGCGAGUGGAAGUUACUGGCUUUGCUCUCUACUGCCCCUGUAAGGCCUUUUCUUCCCACUGCACCAGAGCAGGAAAGGGUAUUCUGGAUGACCCCAACCCUAAGCCCCACUGAUAGGAUGGGGUGGAAAGACUGAGCAGUCCUGUUGGUUCUUUCCGAGGAAGAAGGAGCAAAGUCACAGCCAAGUCCUCCUCUGGAACCUGUAGCUGUACGCAAGCGACUUUGACAUCUCCGAUCCAGCAAAGGAGCAAGGGCUUCAGAACUUGCUCUCACCAUGUAAUUGAAGCACAGGCACCUCUGCAAGGGCUAGAACGGUGUUGAGUCAUUUUACAAACACUUUUUUGUUUGUACUCUGUCCCUGGGCAUUCAGACAAUUUUAAUUAAACUCUGGGAACCUGUGUACUUUGGACAAGAAUUUUCUUUUGAAGUGCACCCAUUGGAGGGCUAAUAACAGAGCUGCAAGUAGUAAUUGCAAGUACACUAUUUAUUUUCCAGUAUGCUACAACCUGCAAGGUUGCAAAGUGCUGCAGUCGCAAUUGAGACUUCAUGAUGCUAUUGAAAACCAUUCAUACAUUCAUUUGAAAAAUGUAACUGUUGGGCAACAGGUGGAGAUGCUGCCCCAUACUGCAGAAUGGGGGGGCUCAGAGUAAGUGCCUCACCCAAGGGACAAAUGUCUCUGGCUAUUAUUCCAAAAUUUAGGCAAGAUGCAUAGGCCAACUAAGAGAUCACGAAAAGCCUUUGAGAUCUUUAUAGAGAUGAGGUCACAUCAUGCAGAUACAUUGUUGACUUGAGCAGUUUGGCUGCUUGUCCCUGCUCGGCCAUGAAGCUUGCUUGGUGGCCCUGGGCCAGCCACGGAUGCUCAGUCUAACUUACCUUUUGGGACUGCACUGAGGAUCAACUGGAGAGGAAGAGACGACCCACAGCAGAGCCACCUUGCGUUCCUUCCAAGAGACACAAAAGGGGCUGGGUAUAAAUUUUCUUGAAACAAAACACAUUUCCUGCAGCUUUCCUCUGCCUAGAAACACAGCUGUAGGCUCCCCGAGGGCCCCUCAGCCAUGCCACUGAUGUAAAACUAGCGCAGGCUGGAGUGAAGGGUCAGGGAAGACCAGGUCAAAGAACACUUGACCAUGAAGCUUUUCAGACAACCUUGAAGCAAUCAUGCAUGGAGCCCACCUUCCCUUGUGGGGCUGUUGUGUGUGUGUGUGUGUGUGUGUGUGUAGCGGGGAUCCAGUGGAGAGGCUGAUUCCAACACUCUAGGCACACACUUUGCUCCUCAUUCCUAUUCCAUUCAGCUUCUCAGAGGGGCUUUCUCUGCAAAAAGAAAUGUACAUUGAUAUUUUAAUGGCAAUCUUAGAUGUAGGUUAGCAAUGCAAUCCUAUUGAUCAACUCAGCCCCAAUAGAAUCAGCCCCAAUCAAUAGAAGUUUCUUCUAUGUCAAAGAGUUUAGGAUUGCAUCCCAGGUUAUAGAAGAGAAUCUGCAUAUAUGCAAGCAUAAUUUCCAUGAAUCGCAAAACAAUGUCUGGCAUCUCUGGACACAGCAUUUAUUCUUGGAAGCAACAUACUGUGUGCUGUAUCGAUUUCUUCUAGCUUCAAGAAUGCAUUCACAAACAUGUAAAGGUGAGAGUUGAGAGGUGAGCCUUGGCAGGCAAAAAAUGGAGGGGUAUUUCCCCUCGCCUUUCAUCUAUCAUCUGAAGUUGAAUUGGCCUGAAUGGCAAUUGGCAGUGAUUACGCAGCCCCGGUGUGUUGCUAAGGGAUUAAGCAGGCAGCUAGGCUGGCAUAAAGAGCCUGGCUGAUCGCUGAAUAAUAGAGUUCAGCCAGAGAAAGAGCUAGGGUAGUGCGUGGGGAGAGAUGUUUGCAUGCUGAAACCCAAUCCCAAUUUUAUUCCCCAAGCUGAAAACAAAAGAGCAUUUUACAACCUUAACAGUUGUCCCUCUUUGGGGUCAGACAAGUCCCCUUUUCUCAUGACCCAAGGCUGUGCUUCAGAUGAUGCCCCCUGUGCAAGUCACCUAGCUUGCAAUCUCUGGUGUCAACCAGGCGAGAGUACAUGGCUGCUCCGGGACCCUUCGGAUCUGUCUCAGCCAUCCUAGCUGGCUUUCUCUAAACCAGGAUACACAAGAGCAUAAUGUGGCCCCGGUGGAUGUCACAGGGCUAUUUUAGGAGGAUUAACGGGGCAAUGGAAAACCGGGAUCCACCCACAGUGAAAGUGUAGAAACUUCUACAAGCAGUGAAGAUUCAUAUCCGAAGUUGUCUUAUUCAGCAAUUUCAUCAGCCUCUUUAAUUAGCAUUGGUGAGCUUUAGAGUGCAAAUUUUUGCUGUGCUUUUUUAAGAAACAUGAGCUUUCCCAGCAUUGCCCAGACAGUGGAAAGGAAUGAAAGUGGAAAUGUGGAGAAGAGAAUGGGCAAUUUUCAUGCUUGUUUUCCCCUUUUCUUCAGUGUCCAUUGAAAGAAGAGAGGUUGGAAAUUGAUUGCCUCUGAACACAAACCUGUGAAUCCCAUACUAUCACAUUGUGACUGUUUCUCACACGGUUGCAGUCAAAACAGCUUUUUUCCAGCAAACCAACAGCCCCUCCUUGAAUGAAUGCCAUUUGCAUGCUUCAUGUCCCCAGCUCACAGUCCUCCUCAGCUGAGGGGUUGCUGCUCCACUGUCUCUUUAAACAAAAGAAGUCUUGAAACUACCCAGCGUCCACCCAGCAUCAUGUGCGUGGAAGCAAGGAUGAAGUGGAGCAGAACCAAAGAUCAUUCCAGAUCGCCAGAGCUCAUCUUGGCUUGCUCCAGAAGUUGGAUUGCUUUGGGGUUUGAGUCAGCAUCUACCAACGUCGUACGCUCCAGGUGUGUCGGACUGCACCUCCUAUCAGCCUCAAUUGCAGUCCAGUGCUUCUUGAGGCUGGACAGUUAAGGAAGGCUGUUUUAAGUGCUUAGAGAAUACAAACCCUUGGUUAUUGGUGAGCGGGGAGAGGCAACUGAUCUUUGACGGUAGCUCAUCUUUCUGCCCAUGGAAACAACCCCUUGGUUUUGCCAACCCAAGGCAGUUUCCAAAAUGAAGCCUCUUGGUGCCAAAAGCUCUGGAUUGAGGCCUCCACCCAUGAGUCAAAGGGCAGGUAUGGGAUGAAUGGAAGUGAAGGAGGUUGGGCAAGCCAGUGCCUACAUGCCAGUGCUGCAGCUUGUUUUGCAUGGCACCUGUUGGGACCUUUUCAUCUAUAAUGGACGGCUGGACCUGCCAGAGAAGGAAAGCCAUGCCUGCACUGAUCCUUCUCAAAAGGAGACGAGGCAGUCUGAACCAAUAUAGCUUUGACAAGAGGUGAAGCUAAAGGGCAACAUCACUGUAGAAGAUCAUUCAAGGUGGCGUCCCAGUAGGGCACUUGAACAGAAUCCGAAGCUAAGAAAAAUGCAGAGAUACAGGUGAGGGCAGGAAGUGUGCAAGAGACCCACUGGAGUUCAAGGGCUGGAUGAGGUGGGAAAGGCCCAGAAGCUCCAGAAUCUGAUGUAAGGGAAAAUACACCAUAAGAAGGGUGCUGUUGGCAGAGCAGCUGAGACAGGCAAGCAAGGAAACCUCUGUCAAGAACAGCAGGGACCCCAUGGGCCAACCUUCCAUGUCAUAUGCAUUCUAUAAUGCACUGCAGUUGUUGCUACAUUUUUUCUUCCUAUAUACUAAGUAGAGUCAUGUAGUGCUGGAGUACUAAGGAGAGUGGCCCUAAAAUAAAUCUCCAGAUUGAAGAAAUCUUCAGAAAUAUUCUGUUUGAAUGGAUGCCCUCUUUCCUAUUCUAGGCCUGAGUAUACACUGGCAUUUUCCUGGAUUACUUGCAUUUUCAUGAGGGAACUGGGCAAGCACAUCUUAAGUUGAUACCUGCUCGUAGGCAUUCCAUUCAGAUUAAGGCAGACAUGGCCAAUAUGUGUCUCUCAUCAUUCGACCUGUAACUCUCAUCAUUCUUCAACAUUGUUUAUGCUGACUAAGGCUGAUUGGAGCAGUAUGUCUAAAUACCUGGAGGGCCAGAAGUUGUCCAGGUCUGCUUUAGAGCCAUCUGCUUUCUGAUUCAUCAUGUAGCACAGAGCUCAUCGAAAGUGGCAGAAAAUUCCACAAUCUGCACAUGCAAAGGAAUUCAAAAAACGGUUUGACUAGCACUGGAGAGAGCUGCUGCAGGACAGAGCUCAUCAGAGUGGCUAGAAGGACCAGUUCGGCAUUAACCAGCUUCACAUGUUCAUACGCAGGAGAGUGAAAGGCACAUUCUGUACCUAGCUACCAGUUGCAUCAGGAGUAAGGCAUUAAUCUGGCCAAUAAUUCCCACACACAUACUCAGUCUGCCUCUCCUUGCUGUCAGAACAGACUGAUUUUCUACAUCCUGAUGCCCUCUAGGUAUGAAGGACUACAUUUCUAAUCAUCCCAAGCUAGCAAGGGCAUUGUGGGAUGUGAAGGAGAGAGAUUUAAUUAUUCAUGCAUGGGGGGGGGACUGUCCCUCCCUACCCCUUCCUUACGCAGCACAACCUUACGUUACAAUUUUGCCUCUGCCAACCAAAUGGAAACUGGAAGUGUCUUCUUUCUUCUCCCUCUCGUUUGUGGAAAGUAAAGAAACAUCUCCACUCUGAUGAAGCACGAACAGCAAAUUAUUAGACUUAAAAUCAAAAUUUAUUUAGAGGGAAGGGAAAUGAAUUUAUAAGUGGUUGUUUCUCACAAUAAAGACAGAUAAAUAAAAACUAUUAUGAAAAUUCAA